AUGCAGCUCGCGGGGCAUGUCAGGGACGCCAGCGCUGCCACGGGGAGCCAGGCGGGCGCCAACCCUGCAGACGGGGCGGCCGCUCCCCCCGGCACCCUGCCUGCUCCACGGGGUUACCGUGGGAAGGCACCGGCGGCGGCGCAGGGGGAGCGCAGGCUCCCGGGGGCUCCCGCCAGCAGCCCACACGCCGCUGCCAGGAGAGAUUUCUCCUUGGUUUCAUCAUCCGCCGCCUGCCCGCCCUGGAGGAGAAGUUCCUGCUUCCCGCACGGGGCAGCAGCCGCCCCUGCGGGGCUGGGGGGCCGCGGGGGUGCCGCCGUGCCCCUCCCGGCCCCGUGUGCUCGGGCCUGUCGCCACCAGCAUCACCACCGAAGCCUCGAGUGGCUGCACCCCGGCAGUGCCGGGGGGUCCCAGGCUGCCCCCCGCUCCUACCAGGCUGUGGCGGGGGAAACUGAGGCACGGCGCGACUCACCCCACGACAAAACCGGCACCGGGUCCCCUCGCCAAGUGAACGCAGGCACGGAUCGAGGGCGGCUGUGGCCCAAGACGUGGAUCUGCUCCGGCGGGAGGCGGCCGGGGGCAGCCAGCCAGGGGGACGAGGACAGGUACGGCAGGGCUGGGCGCACGGGGCAGAGUCCACCGGUGCUUGGCAGGUGCUACCAUGACACCGAUCCCGGGGGACCACUGCACGGCCGAGCCGAGGCACCCACUGCUGCUGCCAGCGUGCCAGGGCCGGGGCUCACCAGCGUGGCACAGCGUGCUGGGACACUGGGAUGCUUUCCAACUCCACCAACACCGGCGCAGAAGGGGCUCCCUGAGUUGCCUGCCUCCUGCGACGGUGCCGUCCCCACCCGGUGCGCCAGGCAUGCCGCCAAGCUGCUCGCCACGUUAGGAACGGGGGGGUGGCAGCAGCCGGUCACCCGUGGGAGACCCGCGGGGGACCCCGGCUGGAUGGAGCGGCACCGCAACAGGAGCACGGCGGAGCCUUGGCAGCCGCCCCGGCACGCAGCGGGGACCUGCCGAUGUCACCGAUUUCCCGCAGCCCCGUGCGCAGGGACCGGGAACAGCCCACGAGUGACACCCCCCGCCCCACGGGCGACGUGUCCACCGGCUCCGGCGGCGGGCGGGGACACAGGGGCCGCGCAGCGAUCGCCCGCCAGCCGUGCCCACCCGCCGCCCGCAGCAUCCCAAAUCAGCGCGACUCACCGCAGCCGGGCGGCAAAAGCGGUCGCCGCACCGGUGCCCGUCCCGAUCCCGCUGCCGGUGGGUCGGUACCUCCGCGCAACCCCCGCCGGUGGGUCUGUCCGCUCCCACCCACUGCCGCUCACCUGCGCACCCCGCCCGAGCCACAGACCGGUCCCGGAGCCAGGGCCCCGCCUCCGCCUUCACCUGCCGCCGCCGCGCCCCGCCCGCCCCCCGGCCCCUGCCGCCGCCGCCGCCGCCGCCGCCGCCGCCGGGGCUCCAGGAAGCGCCCGCCCCCGCCUCCUCAUUGGGCAGCGCGCCGGCGGUCGCGCGUCCGAUUGGUGCGCUGCCCCGCCCAUCAGCCCCGCCCCGCCCCCCUCGGGAGGGCGGGGGUCCUGCGGGCCCCCCGGGAGCGCGGAGCGCGGGCGGGGGGCGGCUGAGUCAGAGGCGGCGAACGGCGGCGGGCGGGGGUCGGCGCCCGGCCCGGGCAGGAGGGCACGGGGCGGCCCCGCUGCGGCCCCCGCCGGCGCCGAGCGCGGUGCCAGGCGCCGAGCGCGCCCCGCCCGCUGCGGCCGCCGAGUGCCGGGGCCGGCACGGCACUGCCCGCUCCGCCCCGCGGGCACGGGGGGGGCGGGGAACCGGGCACGGGAGGAGGGGGGGGGGGGCGGUAAGAACCGAGAAGUGUGCACCGAGGGAGAGUUUCGGGAAGCCGUGCGUAGGGGUGAGGUACGGCGGGGUGGAGAGCCGGGCUCGGGGAAGCGGGCACCGAGGAGCGGGCACCGGGGUGCUGGAGUGCCGGGCACGGCGGGGAUGGAGAGCUGGGCGCGGAGAACGUGGCACGGCGGGGUGCCGGGCAGGCGGCCAGCGAGCGGCCCCCGGUUGUCGGCGGCGCUGGAGCGGGGCGCGGCGGCCCCCAGCGGGGUGGCUCCUCCGCAGGUGCCUGGGCGCGGGCCCCGCGCAACCUGUUUGGCCGCUGCCGGCUCCCGGGAGGCAGCGGCGGCCCCGGGGCUCACCUCGGCUCACCCCGGCCCCCCCGCGCCUGGCUGCGAGCGCGGCCACUGCCCGGCGCUAGCGGAAAGUGUGAGGAGCCACCGCCGCUCCGGGGCUGCCAAGGCAAACACGGCCCCGCGCAGACGUUAUGUCAGUGGGCGGGGGGGGGCCGAGAACGGGACCCCCACCCCUUCGCCAGGCCCCGGUACCGGGCACCUGCCGCCGCGCCUCGCCCAGCCGCCCGCUUCGCUGCCCCGCAGCUCCGUCCCUCCGACCGUGCACCUGCAUCCCCGUCCACGGUACCGGCCCGCCGCGCUCGGGGCUUCCGCGGGGCGGAGCGGGGAACCGGCAGAACCAGCUCACCCUCCGCGCGGCUGCCACCGACCCCCGGCUGCAUCGCUCCCCGCCCGUCCCCUCGGGCCAUCGAUGCCGCGCUCCGCCGCUGCGCUCGCCGCGUCUCGCCGUGCCCGCUUCCCGCGAGGCGCCGCCGGCGGUGCGGUCGCACUCACCUCUCUCGGCGGGGCCGGGAGCGGGGCCGGGCGGGGGCCGCGGGCUCAGCCGGGCCGGCGGCGUGGCAGGAAGGACCGGGUGGUCAUCGCGGCCCGCGGCAGCUGCCUGCAGAGGGCACUGCCGGCUCCCGGAGCCGAGCCCCGUGGGCGGCACCGACACGCGUAG